AUGCCCCGCCAUGACACACAGGGACCGUCGAUGGGGUCCCUUGGCGCCAAUCCUGAAACAACACAAAGCUACAACUGCGGGACUAAGAGCAAUGACGCGAAGCCGAAGCAUGUCCCCGAAAGACAAGCGAACGGCGCCCAAAGCAGACGCUCAGAACGUUUGAAGCCGACCGCGGUGGCCGAACAGGAAGGGGCAGAAACCGAAGAAGAAGCACCGACAGCGGAGCUGGCGAUGCGGCAGCAAGCGUCGAGAGAAGAGCGAAAACGGGCCAAGGCGGCGAAACCGUAUCGACCCAACGGCACGCCCGAUAGUUCCUACGACGACGAAAGCGAAGACGAACGUCGGAAGGCCAAUGCGGAGCGAUGUCGACGGAAUCGCGAAGCGAAACCAAAGUACAAGAAAGUCGAUUACGUGGCCCAAGCCAAGACGGAACAUGCGCGUCAACUUACAGCUGCUUUUGACUCACCUGUGUGGCAGCCAACGGCGCAGCAAUGGACAACGCAACCUGGGAACUCAGGAUGGACUCCAGUGAGUGGUCCACAUCAGGGUGGACCUUCACUGGUGCACAAGGACAUCGAGUACCCCCCCAUCACGACUGUUGACCGUGACUCUCUGGUGGCCUAG